UUUUCCCAAAAUUAAGUUAAUUUAAUAAUGCAACGCGCAAAUGGCAGACGUCAACAAAAUGCAAAAUAAACUAGUUGAUAACAACAAAGGCGCCAAAAAAUACCAACAACAAGUUUUAUGUCACUGUCCACUAUCAUUCUUUACGCCAUUCAUUUCCUAUCUUCUUUUCAUUGAGAAUGUGUGGUGGUUGUGCACCAACAGCAACAUUUACCUAAAAUUUGCAAAGCAGCUACGCAAAAGGCAUUGGACGUAGAACACAUCAUUCAUUCCUACUUGUGCUAGGCGUGAUUACGACGUGGUCCCGAGAAUUAUUUGUAAGCUCAGCAUUGUUUUGUAAUCUGUUGCUGCUAUGUUGAAUAACAUUCUUCAUCUAAGAUGGAUAAGUAAAGUUAUAGGCAAAACGAUCACUCGUACGUCUGCACCAACAGCAGGUGAGCAACUUUUAUCUACAACUGGCGCAACAACCACAUCAACGGUAUCAAGGCGAACAAGUUGUGUAGUAUCGGCGAAAAGCAGUAUUCUUGGAUUUGGAUGCGAUAAUUUAGAUUGCGACACUAAGCGUGUUUCAGUGCGAAAAAUGUCAGAUAGCGAGGCUUCCCAAAGCACUUCAAAAGCAUCAGCAAAUGCUGAAGGAAAACCAGAAAGUGGCACAGCUGGCGCAGCGGCGGACACAACUAAACACAAUAAUCGUUUGAUACAUGAAAAGUCGCCAUAUUUGCUGCAACAUGCGCACAACCCGGUUGAUUGGUAUCCAUGGGGUGAAGAAGCUAUCGAACGUGCGCGGCAAGAAAACAAACUGAUUUUCCUCUCCGUGGGCUACUCAACGUGUCACUGGUGCCAUGUUAUGGAACAUGAGUCAUUCGAAAACAAGGCUGUUGCUGAGAUAAUGAACCAACAUUUCAUUAAUAUAAAAGUAGAUCGCGAAGAGCGUCCAGAUAUCGAUAAAAUUUAUAUGCAAUUUGUGCUUAUGUUGAACGGUAGUGGCGGCUGGCCCAUGUCGGUGUGGCUAACACCAGAUCUGGCACCAAUUACGGCGGGCACCUACUUCCCGCCCCAUGAUCGUUGGGGCAUGCCUUCCUUCACUACAGUGCUAAAAACUAUUGCCUCCAAGUGGCAAUCAAAUCAAGAGGAGUUAAAGGUGACGGGCAGACAUGUUAUUACAGCGAUACAAAAAUCGUUAAGUGAGAAAUCUACAACGGCUGUGUUUGAACCUGGCAGCGCGGAUGCCAAAUUGCAAGAGUCGGUACGCAUAUUCAAGCGGCGGUAUGAUCAGAACCACGGCGGAUUUGGCACGCAGCCAAAGUUUCCCGAGGUUUCACGCUUAAACUUCCUCUUCCACGCUUAUAUUGUCACCAAAGAUGCUGAUGUAUUGGAUAUGGCACUGCAAACGUUGCAGCAUAUCGGUCACGGUGGAAUCCAUGACCAUGUUUUCGGUGGUUUUGCGCGCUACUCUGUGGAUCGUGUAUGGCAUGUACCUCACUUUGAAAAAAUGCUCUACGAUCAAGGUCAACUACUGACGGCAUAUGCAAACGCAUAUAAAUUGACGAAUACCAAAAUAUACUUGCAAUACGCUGAUGGCAUCUUUCGCUACUUGAUGAAGGAUUUGCGCCAUCCAGAAGGUGGUUUCUUUGCGGGCGAAGAUGCAGAUUCUUUGCCUACCGCUGAUGCCAGUGCUAAGGUAGAAGGUGCUUUCUACGCAUGGACUACGACGGAGGUGAAAGAGGCGGUGCAAGCAAAUGCGGCGCUAUAUGCCGAAUUAAAGAUUGAUUUGGAACGUAUAUUUGAAAUUUACGCCUUCCACUACGAUCUGCGGCAAACAGGUAAUGUAGAGCCUAACAGUGAUCCACAUGGUCAUCUCACAGCAAAAAAUAUACACAUCGUGCGUGGUUCCACCGGCGAAACAUGUGAUAAGUUUGACAUAACAGAGGAACAACUUGACCGUUUACUGGUUAUCACCAAUGAAGUGUUGCAUAAAAUACGCGAUCAGCGACCCCGGCCACAUUUGGAUACUAAAAUCAUUUGUGCAUGGAAUGGAUUAGUGCUGUCUGGUUUGUCCAAAUUAGCGAAUUGUGGUGGACAUAAGCGUGAUGAAUACAUGAAAGCUGCCGAUGAGUUGUAUAAAUUUAUGCACAAACAUUUGUACGACCCGGAAAAGAAAGUGCUGCUGCGCUCUUGCUAUGGACUUGGCACAGACGAUACAACAUUGGAGAGCGUAUCGGCGCAACGCAUCUAUGGCUUUCUAGACGAUUACGCUUUUCUCAUAAGCGGCUUGUUGGACUACUAUAAAUCUUCAUUGGAUGGUGCUGUACUGAAAUGGGCUAGAGAGCUGCAAGAGAUACAGGAUGAGCGCUUUUGGGAUGAUACCCAUGGCGCUUACUUCUACUCUGAGGCCAAUUCACCGAAUGUAAUUGUACGCCUUAAGGAAGAUCACGAUGGCGCAGAACCAUGUGGCAAUAGCAUUGCAGCACGCAAUCUCAUACUACUCUCACAUUAUUUAGAUGAUGAAAACUAUCGUCAGCGGUCCAAUAAACUACUCGAAUUCUUUGCUGAUGUUAAUCCUUUUGGAUACACCUUGCCGGCGAUGAUGUCAGCGCUCCUUUUACAUGAACAUGGUCUUGAUUUAGUCGCCGUUGUGGGCCCUGACUCGAGUACUACACGUCGCUUCGUCGAGGUGUGUCAAAAAUUCUUCAUACCAGGCAUGAUUAUAUUGCAUGUUGACCCACAAUAUCCCGACGAAACUUAUAAUCAACGCGUUCAGCAGAAAUUCAAAAUGGUCGAUGGUAAAACUACGGUUUACAUAUGUCAUGACCGCGUUUGCCGACUGCCGGUUACCGAUCCUGAACGACUUGAGCAGAAUCUAAAAGAAAACUUCUUCAAAAGCGAAAACUAAAUACGUUAUUUCAUAAUUGAAAAUAGUGCUUUAGCAGAUGAAGCGAGUGUACUUAAAAAAAUACGCCUUUAUGCUCUCUGCUAUACACAUAUGUAGUUGUUUUAGUAGACAUUAC